AUGUCAGAAGAAAAUUCAAAUACUCCGUAUCAACGCAUGGAUGUAUCCGAGUUGACGAUCAAACGUCGUCGUAUUCGUCUACUCGGCCUGGUCAAUGUUGCGUUGUGUGUCAUUCUAGUUCUCAUCGGGAUCAUCCUGAUUGGCACACUAGUCCCUCGCCUCUGGUAUCAUCACCGUGUACGACCGUAUCCGGCCAAUCCUUGCUCCGAACCUUUUUCCUAUUGUCCAAUUCUACUCAUUAGUAUGGAUGGAUUUCGGCAUGACUAUCUGGAACUGGUUCGAGCUCGUUACGGUCCGGAUGCGCUGCCCAAUUUCGCUCGAUUCCAAGCCGGUGGAGUGCGUGCGAUGCGUUCGAUCAAUGCAUAUCCGACUAUCACAAUGCCAAAUCAUCAGACUCUGAUCACCGGACUCUAUCCAGAGAUACAUGGCGUAGUGGCUAAUAGUUUGCGUGAUUCCAAAUGGCCUGAUGUGGUGUUCGAAAUGAACAAUCAGACUAGUUUGAAUGAAGCACCUUGGUUGGUCGACUGGCCGGAGCCCAUUUGGGUAUCACUGCAACGCAAAGGUCGUCUAACUGGUUCUUUACUUUGGCCUCUGACUGAUGGUCCGGUUCAUGGUGACUUGCCAUUCAUGCAAGUCUCUCAGUUUACUCUAAUUGAUCAGGCGGAAACUCGCUAUGCCUACACAAAACGCGUAUCCGAUUUACUCUGGUGGUUGGACAAUCCUCGAUUCCGUCUAGACUUAAUCCUGGCCUAUUUUGACGAACCGGACGAGACUGGACAUGCCUAUGGACCAGAAAGCGUGGAGGUAGCUGAGCGUGUGGUAGAGUUGGAUGGAAUAUUGGGUCGACUAAUGGACGGUCUGGCAGCAAAAGGUUUGACCGAUCAGGUGGAUAUUAUUUUGACUGCGGAUCACGGUAUGACCGCAAUCGAUCGAUCGAAACUGAUCCCACUUGAUAAUUUUGUGGAUCCUUCUUUGUACACAUACACACAACUAUCCACCACGGGUUUCCUCUAUCCCAACACAGGUUAG